AUGACGAAACAAGCUAAUAGAGAGGUGGCAGCCCCUGUGAAACCAAAUGUGGGUACGACGGCCACAAGAGUGAGGGAUUACACAAGAAUGAACCCUCACAAAUUUUAUGGCUCAAAAGUUGAGGAAGACCCUCAAGAUUUUAUCGACAAGGUCUAUAAGGUACUUGCUAUCAUGGGUGUAACUCCGGUAGAGAUGGCGGAACUAGCCGCUUACCAACUCAAAGGGGUUGCUCAGAUUUGGUCCGAUGGACAGGGUCGUUUAAGGUUUUGGCAAAAUUUCUCCGAAAAAGGUUCUUCAAGUGCUCCUCUAAGGCAUAAUAAUGAAAUGGUGUCUAACCCAAAACCUCAAGGAGAUGGUAAUAGGCCUUCUUUGCCUACUUGUGCUAAAUGUGGGAUAAAUAAUGAAGGGAAGUGUCUAGCAGGUUCUAAUGCUUGCUUUGGGUGUGGAAAGACGGAUCACAAAAUAAGGAAUUGUCCUUCGGUUGAUAAGAAUUAUGGAGAUGGUCGUCAUAGGCCUCAACCCUACCCUUCAUUCGGUCCGACUGGUUCAAGUUGGAAUGUUCCUAAGCAAAACCAUUUUUAUGCUCUCCAAACUAGAGGUGAUCAAGAGAGUUCCCCGAAUGUUGUGACUGCUAUGAGAUUUGAUAUGCUUCCUGAUGUAUUGUUAGAACCUUUUUCUGUCUCUACCCUAUUGGUGAUUCUAUGGUGGCUAAGAGGGUUUAUACAAGAUGUCUUUUUUCCUUGUCCCAUAGAGUUACCUUGGUUGAUUUGA